CAGACUUUAACGGGAAUUUCCAAUACAUUUCACUGUAUUUUCUGACGUCUAGUUUAGAGGCAAGAAGUCUACUCUUCAAGUUAUAGCUUUCGUUAGAACUUUGAAAACAUCAUUCUUUAGGCAAAUAAAGUGAUGGACAAAGUAAUAAAUGAAAUCCUAUGGAUCAGUCAAGAUCAAUCUGAUGAUACCAAAGAAAAAGAUAAAGUCAAAACCAUAACAGAUACAAACAAAGAUUCAGCUAAAGAAAAGUUUGAUAAUAAAAAAACAGGUGAAAGCUCCACAAAGAGAUUCGAAGAUGGAGGUGCAGCAGUAACCAUCAGAAAAUAUUUUGAAGGAGAAAAACACUGCACUAAAGUUGGCAAUCAUUCAAGUUUUAUCCCGUAUAAUGCUUUCAGAGUUGAUCAUUUUCCUGAGCCUUAUCGUGAUACUUUACUAGUUGACUUAGUGAAAGUUUUGGGCAGUUUGGUUGUUAUGUUAAAAAUUUCAAGCGUCAGCAAACGCCGCCCGAAAUAUUUCCCAGAAACAUUUUUGGAAUAUCCAAAGUCAUGUUCCAGUGGAACUGGAAGAAUCAUUUUUUCUAAGCCCAUAUGGGGCACUGAAACACAACAUUGUCCAUGCAGACAAUGUGCACAGAGCAGUCGACCAUGCAUGAAAUGGGGAGAGAUCAAAGUUGUGACAGCAGCACAUGUUGUCUUUGAUGUGACAGAAGCUGAGUGCACAACUUGCGUCUUGGACUAUGACUCCAAUGAUUGUCACGAGACUGUGAAACUGUCAUUUUUGAAUAAUGAAAUUAUAGAUGUCAGAAAUGAUAGGAGCACGAUAGUGUUUGUCACACAUGAUAUUCAGAUGGCUUACAGGUUGAUGAAUAAAAUAUAUGAAUACAAAGGACUUCACGAUCAAGCCUACGCUAAAUAUCAAAACAGUUUAAGUACUUUCAACAUUGAUCAGCAAAAUGACCAACCAGAACGUCACAACGCAUGUGAGUCUAAUGAUAAAAAGACUGAGAAAUUACAAACAGAAGAUUUAGCGAUUCUAAUUUCUCAUCCUCAUGGAUGGUCCAAACAAGUUUCCAUUGGGACCUCUAAAAAAAUUGUUUGCAAGAAAGACAUUGACAAAGGAAGGGUAUACACGUACUAUGAGUAUGUUCUAACGUCGUGUGGUGGCAGCAGUGGAGCCCCAGUGUAUAUACUAGGAAAAGAAGAAGUUUGGACCAACCAUCCACAUAAAGGCAGUAAUGUCCACAACGAAGGUGUUAGUGGCAUUGAAUAUGAGCCGAUGAGAAAAAAAAUAAAAAAAUAAAGUUUAGUCAUACAUUUCUUCGUUUACUUACAUGCCACACAGAUUGUAAUCAACCUAAUCAACUAAUGAUACCAAACUUUCAUACUCUGAUACUCUCAUACUAUAUCUGCUGCAAGUAUCCUGAGAUGUAUAGGUUUUUUUUAGGAAUAAAUGUAUUUUUAGAAUGAACGUUGAUGUUAAACAAUUGUUAGAGUGUCUUCAACGUUUUACUGUGGUACUAUGUGGCCAGCACAAUGACCAAAUAAAUGAGAUGUGUACACAUUGUAACAAAACAUUUUGUCAAAGAUGAAAUUUCUCACAGAAGUUUCUAUCUUAUUUUACAUCUAAAAUGUUUUGCGCAGAAUUAAUGUUUUUAUUCUUUUUUUUUUUUUUGACGAAGCUUAUAUCAACUUACUCUGUCUAUUUGUCUGGUAAACAUUUUGUACACGUUAUUUCUCAGACACUCAAUCUGGGAUCAAGCUGAAAAUUUGCGCAAUUAUUCCUUUUACCUGACAUCAAAAGAAUCAGUUAAUAAUCUAUUGGUAAUUAUUUUAUUUGGCAUCUCGAACAAGGGCAAGAAAUUGUACUUGACUGAAGUAGUGUUAUAAGCCUUAUAGGUCGUCGUCUGAGUCUUUGUGAACACAAACAUGAAAUACGACGACACUAUAGAAACUAGAGAUAACUCGGCAAUCUUCAAUGUUCAUUAGAACUUCACUAGCAAAGUGGUCACAAUAUGUCGGCUUGAGCCUUGAAUUUUCGAAUUCAGAUUUUUUCAGCCCCAUUUUUUAAAAAGGUUUUUAAAUGGUUGGUCUAGAUCUAUUACAAAUGUAAUUACAUGACUGAUCUCAGCUAAUACAACUAUGUCUAAUAUAACAUUUUUACAUUUUUUUUUCUUCUCUUGUUUUUGGCUUACAUGUAUCAAGAUGAAUCCUAGUUUUCUGUAGACCUUCCUGUGCCCAUCCUAAUCAGAGUCAAUUAGAGUGUAGGCCUACUCGUAGUUUAUUUUUCUAAUUUGAAUGGCAAUAUUUGUUCCGAAUUCUUAGACUCUCUGGGAUUUCAAAGAUUAUGAAGACAUUUUUUUUUAUGAUUUGAAACACUUUAAAAAAAAAAUAAUUAUAUUUUUUUAAUAAAGAAAACUGAAUUGUUUCUAGUUUU